AUGCAGGUGUGCCUUCAGCGAGACGGUGGGUGUGGUAUGCUGAGCAUCCGCCCCGCCAUCAUCCUCGACUGCUCCAAGGCGGAGCGCGAAGCUGCAAUCAUUGCCAUGCCGAACUUCCCGUGGACAAAGUCGAAUCGGUCGCACCAAUCUGUCGACAAUACUUCGUCAGGGCAGCAGUCACCUGUGCCAUCUAGUACUGUACACGAUCAAGGGCCGGCGCUGCGAUAUCAGACGUCUGAGAGCCAACAAGCGCCCAUACAGAUCCAGCAGCCUCCUGUAGAUCACCAGCUCCAGGCCAGCGCAGCCCAGGCCCAGUAUAGAGAACAGUUUCCCACGCGCAAUCCGAGCCAUAGGCUGAGCGCACAUCUCCCCCUGGGCCCGUCACAGAACUAUCACGACCAGACGGGUCCUCAGCCAGCACAAGGCCUUGAAUCCCCUCGUCGCGGCUCUUACCAGCCCCAAUCUUCACCUGCUGCAUACACGCCCGAGCCCAAGAAGCAGUCGCUGCGCAGCCGCAUCGCAGCCGGCGUCAAGGGACACAAGGCCGAGGAAGCAAAGGCACAGAAGAACGGCGUGGGUAGACGACAGUCCGUCCGCAAGAGUGACUCUCGCAUACCAGACUAUCAGCCGCAAGAAGAAAGUCGCGUGCAGUGGCAUCAGCCACAGGGGUCUAGCUCACAUCUGCCGCCCUCGGACGAGCAAGACGAAGACAAUCUUGACCCCUUCCUCCAAAAGGCCAGUGAAGAGACGCCCGAGGUGCCACCCAAAGACACCCCCUACCAGCAGAAUCUCCAACACCCUCAACAGUUUGCGCCGCAGCCACAACAGGAACAAUACAAUCGGCCCCCACUUGGCACCGAGGGCAGCUAUUCGACCAAAGGCGGGGUAGCUGAUCAGUACAGUGCUGAACAACACAAAGGCCAGGGUUUACAGCAACCACAGCAGCAUAUCCCCUCACAGCGAUACCAGACCUACCAGCCUGUUGGCCAGCAUUCUAAGAGUCCGACCGAAUAUCAGGCCUUUAACCCACAGAACGCGCCAAGCCCUCUACUGCAAAACCCUCAGCCUCAAGACACGCAACAAACUUACUACCCGUACCAGCAACAAGCCGCGCAAAGCCAGUCGUCGCUAGACACGACGCAGCAAGUUCACCGUCACCAGCAGCAGCAGCAGCAGCAGCAACAACCGCAACAACAGUUUGCGACACAGCUUCAGCCGCAGCAAGACUCUCAGCCACAAACUGUUCGACAAACUGCACCGCAACCUGAUCUACAGCACCCACAGCCGAUUAGAAACCUGCCUCAAAUUGUACAACAGGUCAGACAAGUCGAGCUGCAACAAUCGCAGUUACAACCGCCCUCGUCCCACCAAAUUGCCCCACCAUCGCCGCUUCAGCCCCCGUCCUACCAAUCCUACGACGCACAGCAAGUGAGGCAGCCGCAAACGCCCAACGUGACGCCACCACAGCAGAGCCAGGACAACAUGGCACCUAGUGCGCAGGGAAAUAGGACGCUGAGGAAAGUCAACGAUGGCACUUCACAAGGACAGCCAUAUCGAGGUGAGAAGCAAAGUCAGCAGGUUUCAGAAAUGGGCCAGGCGACACCUCCGCCAAGGGGAGCUGCUAGCGAUAUGACGGACGACGAAAUCGAAAAGAUGAUGAAGGAGCAUGACGUGUUGCGCGAAAAAUACCAAAAAGUCAAACGAUACUUCUUCGAACAACAAACGCAGGUUCACCAGCUGCAGAACACUCUCGCAAACCAACGACUAUCUCUUUCGCGCACAUCUUGGGAUGACAGUGAAUAUGCGACACGCUUCAAUCGGUUAGACGGAUUAAUAGCGCAGUUGUCAUUUUCUAUCCGCAAGGACUGGAAGAGUAUACCGCAAUGGUUGCAUGUGGUCGUCAACAAAACAGCUGUGGAAACGGGUAAGCAAGAAAUGACUGCGGUUGGCCGUGCCUUCAUCUCCCACUGGCUGGUUGAGAACAUUUUCGACAAGUACUUUCACCCCGAUCUCGAGCCGGGCUUCUCGACACAACUACAGUCGAUUCAUUCGAAUAUCCGCAGGUUUGCGCCACCGUGUCACAGUACAGAAGAUGAAGAGUCGCUUGCUGCAAAGAUCAUCAACUGGCGACUGGCUACGUUGGAAGGCCUUGCAGACACAUUAAGAGCGCCACAGGCUACAAUCUAUCGCGAGAAACUAACCGAGACGCUCAACGAGAAGCUCAUUGCAUCUCUCCAGAUGCACAUUAAUGACCCCGCUCCUCCAGACCUCAACGGCGGUGUUCCCAUGAUUAUCGAGCUGGCUGUCAGCAUUGCUCAACAUCUACCACUCGAGAGCCGAGAAGUACAUAUUGAGUACUUUCCGCCAGGUCACGGUAUUGUACCAGAUUUCAUGAAGAUAGAGUCUGGCAUCCCCACGCUGACGGCCCCAAUCUUGGAGCUGGAUGAUGCGGAUAGAGCUUCAGUCCGAAGCAUGGCAUCCAAGCACGAUGAUAACUUGUCUAUUGCGGAGCAAGAGCAAGCACAUCUCCAGGGCAGCCAACCUCCCAAAGAAGAGAAGAAGCGUAGCAUGUUUGGCUUUGGUAGUGCGAAGAAGGUCGCUGGUCCUCCUACCCUCGGCAGCCGAGAGUCUACCCUGGGUCAGGGAGGCAGCCAGCAAAGUCUCACACAAAACCCACCGGGUAGCUCUGGUGGACCAAAAGAAGAUUCUGCACCACCGCGCGUGCGCAUGGCUGUGGGUGUGGCAGUGCAAAUCCGCGGCAAGAGCAUUUUGAUAAAGGCGCCUGUGUACAGCACAUGA